UCUUUUGACCAAGGCAGUACCGACUUGCACCUGUACGUUUGCUUGAACAUCGUUAGAUUGACCUGCAAUGAUAAAUACCCCAGGAGUUUAAUUUUUUUUACCACACUACCUCCAAGGCUGAAAAGAAACACAUUGAAGUCGACAGCACAUAGCUGAAGAAAAACAAAAGGGGAUUAUGGCACCUAGUCUAAGGGUAUUCCGGUGGUUGUUCGUCAUUUCAUGUUUUAUCUGUCUGGGAAUUAGAGCAACUGAUCAGAACAUGUUGUCAGUCAAAGAUGAAAACGGAAAUACGGUGAACGUAAAAUACGAAGCCAUUGGAUGUUAUAGUGACAAAAUCAAUGAAGCCCGUUCUCUUCGUGAAUUGUACUUCAACGCUAGAAGUCUUAUCAAGUGGUCAUCUGAACCCGACUUUACGAACAUCAUACGAGCAUGUGUAGAACAUGCGUACAGUAAAGGCCACAAAACUAUCUUCGGUAUUCAGUAUUAUGGCGAGUGCUGGAGCGAUGAGUCUGCAGAAGCGCGAUACAGCAAGUACGGUGUAUCCUCGAACUGUGCCUACGGAGUAGGGAAAGACUUGGCUAACAUGGUCUAUCGUAUGUCAGUGAUUCCCAAAUCCCCGGUCGAAGGAUGUAACAUUAACGGUAAAGAGUACAGCGAAGGAGCUGCAAUGAUGAUCCCCAACGACUGGAGCGAUAACGUGUAUGACUCUAAAUGCAUGAAGUGUAUAUGUUCUGGUGGUCAGGCUAAGGACUGUCAAGUACAUAGUUACUGCGAAACAGGGAACGAGGGAUUGUGUUCCAGAUGGAGGAACGCUACUGGUCAAUGCUGUCCUGUCUGUGACUGUUACCACGAUGGCAAAGUCAUGGAAGCUGGCAGCACGUGGGCGGUACGUCAAGGAUCAUCUUGUUCAGAGUGCACAUGUGGUGAUAAUAAAAUCGCUAAGUGUACCAUCAAAUUUUCAUGCAUUUGCUCUGAUGGAUACGAUGCGAUACCAGUUCCUGGAAAAUGCUGUCCUAAAUGUGUACCAAAAGUAACUACAACAGCACCAACACCAACUCCCGAAAUACUCGUAGAGACGACAAAAAGACCACCACCAACAUUCCCUCCUCCCCCCGAUAUGGAGUAAUUUUGUCACACUUUUUGAGCUCAGUACUGAUCUGCUUAAGAAUCCUAGUCAACUACAAUGCAUUGCUCGCAGGAAGCAAGGCAAUCGGUCAUUUUCUCUGCUGGAUGGAAAAACAUCCAGUUCCAUAGGUCUUUGUUAUUCAAGCUAGAAGUUUUAAAACUUUUAAGUCAUUUUGUUAGUAGUUACUUUUAUGUUCUUCAUGAGAUUUUAUAAUUUAUUGUUGGCAAUGUAUGUAAACAAGGAAGGUGCGUACGUAGUCGACUUGUGUUCUUUAAAAAAUAAAAAUAGCAAUGGUCUUGGUAAAUCAAUAAAGACGUCGUGGUAAGUGCAUCAAUAGUAAGCAGUGUGUGAAAACAAAAUCCUACGAAAAUAAACAGAGGUAGUUAUCUUUAAAUA